GAUCUCUGUGUCCUGUUGGAGCAAACCAAUUGGAGGGAAGCACUAUCAGCUAUCUACCAGCACUUUACCAAGAUUACCUGUAUGUUGGGUCUCCUGUACUUGACUAGCGUAGCCAGUCUCAUCGCUUCUUCUGCCGUCAUCCAGCAGCUCGGCUGUCUUCCCAAUACCAGCUACACUUACCUGGAGCCGAUGAAGCACACAUCCAUUCAUACACCAGCACUUCUCCCUGAGCUCUUGCCGGACACGCAGCAGCCAACCUCAAACCUCCAUUGCUGCAGCCUGACCAACGUUAGCUUGAAGCUGUGGCCCAGUGUUGUUGUGCCAGAUCAGCAGGGUUCUACCUCUUCGUCAUAUCCGAACAUGGUGCUUUGUCUCUGGGGCUCCAUCGUCUCUGCUGUUUCCAACUCAAACCCCUCGUUGGAUAUUCAGCCACAAGACUGUGUGGUAUCAGAAGUGAUCUGUCACACGGGUGGUUUCCCCCGAUGCACAAUAGCUCGCAAUGGCUCGGCGCUUCUUACCUCUCCAUGGCAUGCUCGUCUCUCAGCACUUUGGCUUGGGUUAGCUCCGUUUAGUGAAGACCUGAUAUUUUCGGACCCCCAUCUUAGCUCCAUGCCACCAUUUCAAAGACACCCAUGUUGCCAAGAGACGACUUUGCCAUUUGGGAAAUCACCAUCUCUUCUGAUGCCUGGCUAGAUGAGUAAAAUAAAACCAGCAGAGUUUACAUUACAUACACAGUCAACUCCCUUGAUUUUCCUUAAUGUUGUAUACGAACCAGCCAUAUGGAUUGGUUAUAACUGGGUUGUGGUGAGAUAUCAGUAUGUCGGGGAGAAGGUUGUAAGGACGUUUAUUACAAAAGUGGCAUAUGCUGAUUGACCGUUUGAGUUUUGAUGCGCGUGCUAAUGCAGUAUGAAUGAACAGGCUUUCUUUUCUUUCUCUUUCCGGUUGGGUUAGUUUGGUUGGUUUUAGCUGUUACGUGAAACCUCCAAGGCAUCCAAGCAAAAAUAAUGGUAAGUAGUUACAUAAGUUAACAAAAGGGUCUGCUGUUAUGCGCAGAAGUGUGUGUUCUUGUUUUGAAUAGUUUGCCUGGCGUUGCGCUACAUGGCGUUGUCCUGAGGAGAACUGUAUUGUUUUAAAGUUCCUUCCUGCGAAAGCCUUUAUUUUCAAGUUGGGGAAAUAGUUUGAAUUUAAGCCUGGUUUUGUUCACUUGGGUUCAAAGAGGAAGGGUGGAAGGAAAGCAAAAAGGGAUGUCAGUUAUGCAAUUUAGUUAGAUAUUCUUCAGAUUUGUAAUGGUCAGAUUGGUUGAUGCCAUUCCUCAUCCACAAAGCAUUCAUCAUAGAUCGCUUUAGUUAAGCGUUCGAAGUAACAGUCCUCAAUAUUUUGAUAUCCUAAAGUACUGGAAUUGCAGAACAGACUAAUUUAAUAGAGUUGGGUUCAUUGCUUGACUUUGUUAAUGUGUUUAAUUUAUGUUCUUUAAACAAUGUAAUUGAAUAAAUGGUAUGUUAUUAAGACUUGGAGAUAAAAGCACCCUUUAAUACCUGAUUUAGUGACUUCUUACAUAUCCACCAUUAUAGGUUAAUAACUUCUAAAGUCUGUUAACUAUUUCCUGUCCCAAUUUUGUACAUUUUGUAUAGAAAUGAUGAAAGAACGUACGCUGCAACA